AUGGGAUUAGUUUGUUGGGAGAUCAUUGAGAGAAGAACGGUUUUUUCCAAAUAUGGUUUGCACGACUUUAAUCAAUUCGCUCUAUUCAAUGAUUUGAGUCAUGAUAGAUUCACGUUGCCACAAGUCGAUUGUGUACAUCCGAUUCGCGAAAUCAUAGCUAGCUGCACCAAUUUUUAUCACGAAAAACGGCCUGAUGCUCGAAGUGUUUAUAAAAAAGUUUGCGAAUAUAAUUCGACAUACAAAGACUUUGAGUUUACACCUUGUUUUGGCCCUGGCACAGCUCUAUUACGGCCUAUCGGAUUUGAUGGUACCAACAUGGAGGUUGCUGUGGAAAUGGGUGGGGAUGGUGAAGAGGAGAGUCUCCCCUCGUCAACGAGCACAACACUUUAUCAUACUAUCCCACGAGGUUCUAUAAAAAAACGGGAAGCCUCGAUUUCGACGGGAGGAUUUGAAAAGAGAAGCACAAAAGCUCAACGAAAAUCGUGGACUGAAAUCGUUUUUCCAUCUUUCCUCAAAUUACUCUUUUCUCGUGGUCACGGCCCUCCU